AUGCACCGUCUCGGGGUAAACAAUAGACUAACAUCUCUAACCUCGAUAUGCUCUUUUGUUCCCAAAACGAACUCGAUUAGUGGCCACCUUGCACGCCAUAACAGGAUCCAUACUGGCGAACGUAAUUUCGCUUGCCUCAUGCCCGGGUGCCCCAGCAAGUUCUCUCGUCAAGACAACAUGAUGCAGCACUACCGCACCCAC